UGUUCGACUUCCCGCUCCGGACCACCGACUUCGCAGCCUCGGGCGAGGAACCAUGACGUUCCUCAUUCUCGUGAUUGGGGACCUGCACAUCCCGGACAGGGCGCUGGACAUUCCCGCCAAGUUCAAGAAGCUGCUCGCGCCGGGCAAGAUCGGCCAGACCCUGUGUCUCGGCAACCUCACCGACAAGCACACCUACGAGUACCUGCGCUCCCUGUCGCCGGACCUCAAGAUCGUCAAGGGCCGCACCGAUGUCGAAGCCACGUCUCUCCCCCUGACGCAGGUCGUCACCCACGGCGGCAUCCGCAUCGGUUUCCUCGAGGGCUUCACCCUCGUCUCCAACGAGCCCGACCUGCUGCUCGCCGAGGCCAACAGGCUGGACGUUGACGUCCUUUGCUGGGGCGGCACCCACCGUUUCGACGCUUUCGAGUACAUGGACAAGUUCUUUGUCAACCCGGGGAGCGCCACAGGAGCGUUUUUGCCGGGGGCGAGCUUGACGGCGGAGCCUCCGACGCCGAGUUUCUGCUUGAUGGAUGUCCAGGGCAUUUCAUUGACGCUCUAUGUCUACCAAUUGAGAACGGAUGAGAAAGGCAACGAGAAUGUGGCAGUAGAAAAGGUUACUUAUACAAAGCCCGUGGAGCCGUCGACGGGCUCAUCAUGA